ACAAAAAACAAACCAACGAAAGAGAAAGGAAACAUCACAAAACAACAGUUACAAAACCACUUCAAAAACUCUUGCAUUACAUGCCAUUUUCUUGUUUCUCAAUCACACAAUAACUUCUCACAUUACAAUGAGUCCUUUGAAAGGAAAGAAGAAACAAACAAUAUCAACAAGCAGCGAAACAACGACGACAACAACAACAACGACACAAGAACAACAACAGCAGCAGCAACAAACAGCAUGGGGAGGAAGAUACCUAGGAGUACGAAGAAGACCAUGGGGAAGAUACGCAGCAGAGAUACGCGAUCCUUCAACAAAAGAAAGACACUGGUUAGGAACAUUCGACACUGCUGAAGAAGCAGCUUUAGCUUACGACAGAGCCGCACGUGGCAUGCGUGGCUCACGUGCUCGUACCAAUUUUGUUUACCAUGAUACCCCUCCUGGUUCUUCUGUUACUCCAAUCCUCUCACCUGACCAACAACAACAACAACAACAACCUCAAAGUUUUUACGACCUUUCUUUUGUUCUUCAACCUGAACCCGUUCCUAUUCAACAAAACCCGGGGUUGUCUAUCGACCCGGUUUCAAUCAUAACUUCCUCUGGGAGUUACGGUUACGGUGAGGGAAAUGAUAAUAAUUAUUUCAAUAAAUACAGUCUUCCUCAUCAAGUUCCUCUUGAUACAUUGGAGGCUGGUAUUAAUAACAUUAAUAAUAAUGGAAAUUCCUAUUUUAACAACGACAAUGUUGAGCUUCCUCCGUUGCCACCGGAUAUUACUAGCUCUGCCUGUUAUAGUCCAGGUGAUUCAGUAUUCAACGGAGGCGAUCAUGGUUAUUUUUAUUCAUCAUGGGAGCAGAAUGCAUCAGAAGAUUGUUAUAAUAAUCAAAUGUUGGGAACAAAUAUGGGAGGUGCAGAGAAUAAUAUUAUGGCAGGUUCUGUGAAUGGUACUUUUGAUUUUGGGAGCUCUUCAUUUUUCUUCUGAGAUAAAUUAUGUACUCUUUCAUUUUCAUGGUUGAGAGAAUUUAUAUGUUUUUUUGUGUGAGAGUGUCUGUAUUUUUGUUUUCAUUUGUCAUGUCGUGGAAUGUGUAAACUGUUUGUGGACAUAUUUCGCGAAUAUAUGGGGAAAUUGUCUUACGUUAGAGGCAUGAGAUUUUGUUGUUGAUGUUUUAAUUUGUGUAACAUAUUAUGUAAUGUAAAGUGCAAUGUUUAUGCUGCUGUGAGUUUUAG